AAGUGCAGUACACCGUGUGUGCAGUGCAAUGACUUUAUCAAUCAACCCGGCUGAUGAGGCUGUACUGAAGAAGCCAAAACAACAAACAUUGGCGGUCUUCGACAGGAGCAAGUAUCAGUACCUGAUUGAGGACUUGUACUGCCACUUACGCGAAGUAACGGUCGGGGUGAACUCGAAGCAUUGCAGAUCCUGCAACAAGUGUGUCUCAGAUUCUGACCACCAUUGCAUUUGGAUGAACACUUGCGUGGGGGGACGAAAUUAUCGAUGGUUUCUCAGUACGGUGUUCAGUACCAUGGUGUACAUGCUGCUGGUCCUGUUCCUUUCCUUGGUGCAGUUAAUCGCCUACUUUAUGGAUAGAAACAGUGGCACUUUACUUGAAGCAUACAAAGGGAAUGGAUCUGAAAAUGCAGUAUUUAUGAUAAUUUACCUACCAGUGCCAGAUUGGGUGUGGUUGUCAUUACUGUGUCUCACAAUAUUGUUGGCCAGCUUCUUCAUCUACAUGUUAUCUACUCUACUCUAUGCCCGGUUCUACAUCCCUUAUAAAACAAUGAAAAGGCAUAGUCAACUACUACAAGAUGUAGAAGCCAACAUGGGAGGAAGCCAAAAAGAAAUAUUGGAACCAAAAGCUUUGAAAAAGAAAUGUUCCAACAUUUUCCAAAGGGACAAUCCUACUGAUGAGCACAGUGUGAUUAAUCAGCAACUCAAAGAUGAUGGCCUUGACCCUCAGUGUAACAACUCGCAGAAACUACUCCAUGUGUGGAAAUUAUGCAAACAAACUGAGAAUCGAGUCAAACCUGAAAGGUUGUCACAGGAAGAAAAAGGAUUAAGUGUGUUUGAUUUGGAAGAUACUGGGGUGGGUGAGAAGCCCCCACCCCCAUCUCACAGGCAAGAAAAAUUGGCUCGGUGUGUGUUCCUUAGGAUGAUAAUCUCGGCAUGGUGGACUUCCACAUUUUCAGUCACACGAGUGUCAUUUAUGUUUCUGAGAGCGACAUGGUUAUGGAUACGGACAUGGCUUGUGGAUACUUAUGAAAGCAGGUCAUGCUGCAAAAAGCCAGCUCUGAUCGUGGUGUGAUCAUGGCAGAAAACACCACAAUGUCACCUCUGCAUCAGGGCUAGCUCUGGGUGAGAAUUUUUUUUUGCCAAAUUAUCUAAUUUUUUUUUAGCAAAACCCAGUUAUUUAAAAAAAAACCCAUGAAUUAUUACUUGAUUUUUUUUUUAACAAAUUAAAAUAUUUGCCAAUUAUUCCUAAAAUUUGCAAUUGGCGAGUGGCAGAGCUAGCCCUGAGUAUUGUUCAGAUCUGCAGAGAUUGUGUGUCCUUGAGAUCGGAUUUGUCCUUCUUCCUGUGGCCAACCAAACUGAGACUGCUGGA